UCACGCUCGGUGCAGACGUAACGUGUACUCACGUCUCUGUUUUGUGUUCAAGGCGGCCGUAAUAUUCUAUGAUUUAAAAAAAGGUUAAGGCUGCUUUUUAAAAUUAUUUGGGAGAUAUUUUUCUUAUCUCAUUCCUCCGGUUUUUGUCCCAGCUCAGACACCGUACUUCCUGAUGUGGGUGUGGACCAACAGAUGACUACACAAAUAAUGGAGGAGAAGCUACACUAGUCUGCUUCUUCCAAGUUAGAAGAACUAGUUUCAAAUCGGGUCCGUUUCAUCGUCCCUAUUCCUGGUUUGGGAUCGGAGCUGUGAUGCUUUAUCAGAAUGGGAAAUCUUUUUGGCAAAAAGAAACCAACCCGAGUGACCGAACAAGACAAAGCGGUUUUGCAACUGAAACAGCAACGAGAUAAGCUGAGGCAGUAUCAGAAGAGGAUCAACCUGCAGCUGGAGAAGGAGAGGCUUCUGGCCAAGCAGCUGCUGAAAAAUGGCAAAAAAGAGAAAGCGCUCCUCUUGCUGAAGAAGAAGCGCUACCAGGAUCAGCUUCUGGACAAGACGGAGAACCAGAUCGGCAACCUGGAGCGCAUGGUCCAAGACCUGGAGUUCGCCCAGAUCGAGACGAAGGUCAUCCAAGGGUUGAAGGUGGGGAACGAGUGCCUGAAGAAAAUGCACGAGGUGAUGUCUGUCGAAGAAGUCGAACGGAUUAUGGAUGAAACCCAAGAUGCCAUCGAGUACCAAAGGCAAAUAGACGACAUGCUGGCCGGCUCCUUCUCACAAGAAGACGAAGACGCCGUGCUGGCCGAGCUGGAGGCCAUCACUCAGGGAGACGUCGAGCUUCCCGAGGUUCCUGAAGAAGAGCUUCCAGAGGCCGCGGAGGAGAAACCAGAGCGGGACCGUCCCAGAAAGAAGGCGGAGCGCGAGAUGCUCGCUGUGUAGGAACACGGCCGACCCACCGGCUGCUGGGAACGUCUUCUCCGCAACGCUCCAGUCCAACAUGAACCUGCAGCCAGACACACAAACACUCGCUGGAGAACUCCUCCCUCCGGUACCGGGCUUCCUCCAUCCCAUCCGGGCCACCGACACACGGCGGGACCGGUUCACCGCGGCGCCCUCGACUCAUUGGAGAAAUGUGAAGCAUUGAGACCUGUGAGAUCUGAUGAUUGUGCCUGACCUUCGUUUCGAUUAGUGUCCCGUCACUAAAUCAUUUUACAUACACCUUGAUGGAACUGUCAUUGGUGUUGGUCUGUAAGGGGCCCGUUCAGCCAAAUCACUCAGAGACCUAUUUACCACCGAGUUUUAUCAUCAGGUUUGGUUUGAUUUGUUCAGGUUUUGGGGGCUUUCUGCCUCCUUUCAGUACAACGGGACGUGAGUGGGAUUUCAUUUGGGACGCUCAGGAAAUUCAAAAAUACCGAAACCCGGUUCCACCAUGGAAGGAGUCGGACCGGAUUAGAACGCAAAUUUCGGUUCCACUUAAUGUGUCGACUGAAGUAUUUUCCCUGCGUCGCUCUGAAAAAUAUCACACUUUCUCUUUCUUAUUAAUAUAUUUAAGUACUUUAAAAUGUUAAUAUAUUGUUAGA